ACAGGAGGACACUACACAAGCUCUAAAACCUAUUUCCAAUAUAGACUCUUGAAUUCCUCGUCUUCUAUGAAUCUGGCAAACUACUCGUACUACUCUGGCAUGUGCAACAUGACCGCCGAGACGCAGCACUCUCCCGCAGAGGUCAGCCCGGUGGUCCUGUCCCCCAACGUCAGCCUGGACUCGCCGCUGCCCCCCUUGAUGCUGCAGGCGGCCCGCUCCAAGGACGGCGUCCUGAUCAAGUCGGAGCCGCGGGUGAACAGCCCCGACGCCGACGACGGGAUCGUGCUGGGCCAGACGGAUCAGGAGCACCUGCCCACCGGCAGCCGCCGCAGGAAGAGGCCGGUGCAGCGGGGCAAGCCCCCCUACAGCUACAUCGCCCUCAUCGCCAUGGCCAUUGCCAACUCCCCCGAGAGGAAGCUCACCCUGGGGGGCAUCUACAAGUUCAUCAUGGAGCGCUUCCCGUUCUACAGGGAGAACUCCAAGAAGUGGCAGAACUCCAUCCGUCACAACCUGACUCUCAACGACUGUUUCGUCAAGAUUCCAAGGGAGCCCGGCAGACCGGGGAAAGGCAACUACUGGACUCUGGACCCCGCCGCCGAGGACAUGUUCGACAACGGAAGCUUCCUGAGGAGACGGAAGCGCUUCAAGCGCACCGAUGUGAGCACCUACCCGGGUUACAUCCAGAGCUCCAGCGCCUUCACGCCCACCCCGAUGGGCAGGCCCCCCUAUGCGAACAACCUGUACGCGGGGAUCGGCUCCGGCUCCGGCUCCGGCUCCGGCUCCGGCUACGGUCCCCAGCUCGCGGCCUCGUCCCAGCACCCGACCAUGCUGCAUCACUACCAGACGUCCGCCGGGGUGUGCCAAGCGCAGCCCCGCAUGUUCAGCAUCGACAACAUCAUCAGCCCCCAGACGAUGGGGGAACUCAACCCGCAAGCUCUGCAGUGCCUCAGCGCGGGCGACCUGGCCGCCGUGACCUCCAGCUGCUCGGUCACCGGGGCUGACCCUUCGGCCUGCUUCCAGACCCAAACCAUCAACCAGUCCGCCAACAUGUUGAGCAGAAACAGCAACAUCCCCUCCUACCCUUAUUCCUCCCCGGCCUCGCCUCCCAACCUGACCGGCAUGGCCCAGUCUGGCUUCUCCCCCGGCAGCUCUCAGAUGUACUGCCCGAGCAACAGGCUCUCUCUGCCGGCUCUGCGGCCGAGCGCCUGCGCGGAGCACACGGAGCAGCUGCUGGGCCUCUCGGGCCCCAUGAACACUUACAACAACUCGUACAUGAGGCAGGCCAACUUUGCACCGGGACUGGAGCGAUACAUGUGACAGCCUGACUUUUUUUUUUUUCCUUCUUCUAGGGAAUCAUCACAUAUCCUCAUCAAUAUUUCAGCAUAACUAAUUUGACUGGAAAAGGAUCAAGCCUUGCGAUCAAACAUUCCACUUUUUCCAAGCCAUUUAUAUUUUUGACACAUUCCAUGACGUUUCCUCGUGUGUGUUUUCAUUACGUUUGAAUGUAAUUAUGUCUUUGUUUUCAAAACUUUUUAUCAGUCUAGUAGUCUGA